AUGGUUGGUAGACGAGCCACUGUGUCAGCCUUCGAGCUUCAGGAAAAGAAGAGGAUUGCUACAGUGCUAAACUUGGUAAUGGCAGCAAACCAGCAGCAGCAGCAGCAGGCCAAGCGAAGGCGACCAUGGGAGAGGGUGCCCGGUCUCUGGUGCGAUGCAUCCUUUUGUCCUCUUGCUCGGACUCCACGGCAGUGCCUUAAAGCCACUUGAAUCCCAACCCAUGGCUCGAGACAUCGGCAAUCAUUCACCUGCUUUCCUCUCGAUAAAGUUCGUGUCCCAUCAAUUGGCUUGAUUGCAGUUGCUGUUGCCGCAUCAUCCUUUUCCUCGUGAUGCAGCAAGUCUAGCCUUCUUCCCCACCCCACCUUUUCUGCAGGGAGAUACGAGGAACACCCCAAAUCUUGGCUGCAGAAGCUCCCCUUGGAAGAAGAAGAAGAAGAAGAAGUUGUUGAUGUUUAUGUUGCCCGAACACUAAUAUUCAUUCAGGCUAAUUCGGGGUCGUAAGGGACGUCCUCUGAGCUCUAACCUUCGUUCCGAUGCCGAGGUCGAGAGAGUCCGAUGUGCCUCAGCGGCAGUCGCCGCGGGUGCCAAUCCACAUGAAGACCACCGCCUGCUCCGAAGCCAACAGCGUGCACCGCCCCGUUGUGGCUGACCGCAGCCCCAAGGUGUCCCCUCGCGGUGUCCUGCACGAGAGGAAGAAAGGCACGAGAGUGGCCGACCUGGAGACCAAGCUGAGCAGAGCCCAGGAGGAGCUCAAGAAGCUGAAACAUCAACUGGCAUCCGCGGAAGCCGCCAAGCUCGAAGCGGAGCAAGCUCUGGCGAAGGCCAAGAAUCGGAUUCCAGCCGCCGCAUCGACCCCGAAAGACGAAGAAGUGAAGCCUCUCCUCCCGCAGGAUUCUGGAGGUCAGGGUAAUCGGCAGCGGGAGAACAAACCUGAAGAAGAGAGCGUCACUUCUCCAGCGACGAUGGAUGUCUUUGAAGUAAUGCUGCCGACGGAGGCCAUCCACGGAGAGAACGAAGCCGCCGGUAACGAGAAGAAAGUAGCGAAUGCGGCGGAGAGAGAAGAGGUGGAGACGAAGACAAUGAUCGAGAAAGCAAGCGAUGGUGAGAACAACGAGGCCGUAGCCGCAGAGGAAGAGGAUGACAAGAGGAAGCCAGUGGUGGUGCUUCCCGAGAGCGCAGAGGUAGACGACCUCAAGGCUAAGCUCCUGGAAAAGGAGAAAGAAGUGGAGAUUCUCCUGGAAGAGAACGUGAUCUUCAAGACGAACGCCGAGGAAGAGGCCAAGCAGAUCGCGGGCACGGCGCGGGCCAAGGAAGCGGAGCUGACGGCGAGGCUGGGCUCGGUGGAGGAAGAGCUGAAAGAAAGCAGAGCCAAAGCGGACGAGCUGUCGGAGCAGCUGGAAGCAGCGGAGGGGUCGAAGGCGGCGCUGGAGACGGAGAUGAAGCGGCUGAGGGUGCAGACGGAUCAGUGGCGGAAGGCGGCGGAGGCAGCUGCGGCGGUGCUGGCCACCGACGACGGAGCGGAGGGGAGGAGGGUGGCGGAGCGGUGCGGGUCUAUGGACAAGCACAUUGGUUGGGAAUCGCCGCUGAUAGCCGGGGGCAUCGACGAAGACAACGCGGCGGGGGGCGGAGGGAGGAGGAAGGGAGCGGGGAUUCGGGUGUUGGGUGACGUAUGGAGGAAGAAGGCUCUGCAGAAAUGAAUUGCUCGCGCGUGAGCGCGUGCAGUGCUGUUGCUGUGCUGUGCAUGCAAUUGUCUCGUGUAAUGGGACUCUGUUCUGUUCUGUUCUGUUCUGUUCGCUUCUCUUCUAUUGGUGUUGUGGGUGGUGACGGUAAGAGACGACAAAGAUGUUGACGUUGUGGACUGUAGAUUUCUGCUUUCAUAUGAAUCAGAACGGGUCGUAUGGAUUUCGAUGUGAUGUAAAAGCUGGUACUUAGCUAAUAGUAAUUGCAUCAGGGA